UCGCCACUUCUUACUCACUCCACUCUUUUCCCGCUUUCCACGCAGUGUGUUUCUUUCUUAUCUCCCAAUCAUGUCGUUGCUCGUGGAAAAGACCGCCGGCGGCCGUGAGUACAAGGUCAAAGAUAUGUCUCAGGCUGAAUUUGGCCGCCUCGAGAUCGAACUCUCCGAGGUUGAAAUGCCUGGACUCAUGUCCUGCCGUGUUGAGUUUGGCCCCUCGCAGCCUUUCAAGGGAGCAAAGAUCACUGGUUCUCUCCACAUGACUAUCCAGACUGCUGUCCUUAUUGAGACCCUCACUGCUCUCGGUGCUGAGGUCCGCUGGUGCUCCUGCAACAUUUUCUCCACCCAGGACCAUGCUGCUGCCGCCAUCGCUCGUGACUCCGCUGCCGUCUUUGCCUGGAAGGGUGAGACUCUCCAAGAGUACUGGUGGUGCACCGAGAGAGCUCUCGACUGGGGACCUGGCGGUGGUCCCGAUCUGAUCGUCGACGACGGUGGUGAUGCGACGCUGUUGAUCCAUGAGGGAGUUAAGGCCGAAGGGAUCUAUGAGAAGACCGGCCAGCUUCCCGAUCCGUCAUCCACCGACAACACGGAGUUCCAGAUCGUGCUGACUAUUAUCCGCGAUGGCUUGAGAGUAGAUCCCAAGAAGUACACCAAGAUGAAGGAUAGAUUGGUUGGUGUUUCUGAGGAAACUACCACCGGAGUUAAGAGGCUUUACCAGAUGCAGGCCAAUGGAACACUCUUGUUCCCCGCCAUCAAUGUCAACGACUCCGUCACCAAGAGCAAGUUCGACAACAUGUAUGGAUGCCGCCACUCUCUCCCUGAUGGGUUGAUGAGAGCAACUGAUGUCAUGAUUGCUGGCAAGAUUGCUGUUGUCUGUGGUUAUGGUGAUGUUGGCAAGGGCUGUGCAGCUGCGUUGAAGCAUGCUGGAGCUCGUGUCGUUGUGACUGAGAUUGAUCCCAUUUGCGCUCUCCAGGCUCUUAUGGAGGGACUUCAAGUUCUGACCCUUGAGGAUGUUGUCUCUGUGGCUGACAUCUUUGUCACCACUACCGGCAACAAGGGUAUCAUCAUGGUAGACCACAUGAAGAAGAUGAAGAACAAUGCCAUUGUUUGCAACAUUGGCCACUUUGACAAUGAGAUUGACAUCCAUGGGCUUGAGGCCUACCCUGGUGUGAAGCGCAUCACCAUCAAGCCUCAAACUGAUAGGUGGGUCUUCCCUGAAACCAACUCAGGCAUCAUUGUGUUGGCUGAGGGAAGACUCGUGAACUUGGGUUGUGCCGCUGGCCAUCCUAGCUUUGUGAUGUCAUGCUCAUUCACAAACCAGGUGAUUGCCCAGCUUGAGCUCUGGAAGGAGAAGCGAACUGGCAAGUAUGAGAAGAAGGUGUAUGUCUUGCCAAAGCACCUUGAUGAGAAGGUUGCUGCUCUUCACCUUGGCAAGCUUGGUGCCAAGCUUACCAAGCUUACCAAGGCGCAGGCUGAUUACAUUAGCGUGCCUGUUGAGGGUCCUUACAAGCCUCCUCACUACAGAUACUGAGAAGAGACCAUGAGAAAAAAACAAUACAUCUGGACGUUUUGAUUGUGUUAUUUGCAAUUUGAUCGUUUAUCGUGUUAGGUGUUUAGGUUUUGAUUUUGGUAGGAGUGUUUGUUUGAGCAGUAGGAAGUAUGUGAGGGAAAAAAUCAGAGUGGGUCUCUCUUGGAAGAAGACCAAAUGGGGAUUUGAAUGAGGGUUUUGUUGGGGUUGUGUGGGAUAUGAUUUAACGGGUGCAUUUUGAUGUUUUAUGCAUCUACCUUUGAGUUUGUUUUGACGCACCUCUCGGAACUGAGGAGAAAAAGAACUGCCUUCGUUCCCUUUAUAUUUGAUCUGUAACUUGGGAGAGUUUUUGCUUCCAUGGUUUUUCCCUUCUGGGAAUUAGAUGAGAUGUUAAGCUAGUUUCUAAACCAGCAUAUCCUGUAAAUUUUGUCUUGGUAAGCACAAUGUUGGAAAUUAAGCUUCUAGUUAAGAUUUGAUAGAAGGGGGGAAUCAGGAAUGUGUAACAUAUCCAAUUUUAA